GAAAGAUUUUUCGUUGCUUGAACACCUUUCGAAUCACAAUGGCCAACUUAGAAAUCAAAAUAAUUGAAUCUCAGGAAGCUCCAGCUCCUAUGCCAUUUUUAAGUCAUGCUGUAGCCUUUAAUAAUGUACUUUACAUGUCAGGAUGUCAUGGAAUCAGGAGGGAUACAAAUAAAGUCGUUGAAGGAGGCAUAACUGCUCAAGCGACUCAAGCUAUGGAGAAUAUUAGGCAUGUUCUCAAAGCUGGAGGUUCCAGUUUGGAUAAUGUAUUAAAGGUUGUGGUAUAUCUGGCUGACCUUAAAGAUUAUCCAGGCUUUAACGAAGUUUAUAAAAAGUAUUUUAAAAACGGUCCUCCAGCUAGAACAGGUUUUGCUGUAGGAGCCCUUCCAUUAAACUCAUUAGUUGAAGUAGAAGUUGAAGCUGCUAUUGGAAAUGUGAAAAAAGUAUUUGUUUAGUUUGUGUAUAUAUGUACUUUAUUAAACUCUGUAAAAUUA